AUGACGAUUCCAGCUUUCCCUAAAGCUGCUGCUACUCACCAGCACGGCGGCGCUGCGUCUUGUUCUGCUGCUGCUACUAGCAGCACCCCCAUCAGCGGCACUGGGCUCUUGGAUUUACCCCUCGACACCAUCUGCACCAUUCUCCACCGCUUGAAACCCAAAGAUCUCAUCGCCGCCUCGCUGACGUGUCGCACCCUGCACGGGCUCAUCGACCAGCCCAACACGUGGCUGACUCUCUGCCGGAAGUGGGAGGGCCAGCUGGCGCUCAGCGAGUGGCUCGUGCAUGCGAACUCGGCGAAAUGCCUGUUUCGCCUGUUACACACCUUGAGUCCUCUGGUGGGGGUGUGGGCCGCGGAAGAUCUCGCUCCCCGGGGCGGGCUGCUAUACGUCACAUGGGAGCGCAUGGCGGUUGUCGCUUAUCGAAUCAUCCCCGAUUGGCUUGACGGCAAUCUCAUCUCCGCGCGCCUCUUCACCAUCUCCGCCUUCCCCGACGGCACGACGCAGCUCAGCCUGGUCACGGGGAGGGGCGCGGACGACGAGUUUCCGCUCGAGCUCCCCGGCGUGCUCGUCUGGGAGUCCCCCGCGCGCGCCAAAUUCCACCUGCAGACGCUCCUCCCGCCGUCGUCCCGCUCCCCCGCGAGCUUCGCCGCAUCGCCUUUCGCCAAGGAUUGCUGGUAA